AAAACACAUUUCAAGUGUUUCGUGUAGCCUCUCCAGCGGUUUAAUAAGUCCUAAAGUCUUAGCGAUGGCAUGUCUUUAUGAGCUACGAAUUCUACACGCGCAGGCUCCUUCCGUUACUGAAAUAUUAACAUUUUUGAAGCUAAGCAUCGUGGACAACUUGUUUUUAAUUUGAAGACACUACCAGUUAUUUCCGGUGAUGGCAUAGACGACUUGACCAAAGUCCCACGCUGGCGCACGGGAAUAGCAACACGAGAGAGUACGCGUGAGAAGCGGUCUUAAAGUUGGUUUGGUUUGAUAUCAGGAUGGUUGGGAAAAUAAAACAUGUACGACAGAAGCUUCAUCAGGAGGCCGUGAAGUUUGAUGAGCCGAUCGAGCCCCGCGGCUCCAGCUUACAGAAGAAUCCUACCUCCGAACUACUCACAGCAAGUCUGAGACUGUUGAACAAGAGCAGCAACGACGCCUCGAAACAUGACAGACAGGCCCCUGCAGUGACCUUCUUCCCCUCAAGGAUUUUUGCUGGCACUAAAAUCUCUCCGGAGGCCCUGGUACAAACACUCAAGUUUGAGGAACCUCCAAAUGUGCCCACACCUCUCACAAAAGGCACAGAAAUAAAGAAAAUCAAGUUGAAGAAAGAAAAGAUGAAGGAGAGGAGAGAGAGGUGGCUUAGCAAGAUCAGCUCCAUCAAGCAAGCUAAAGAGCAGCAGGCAGCUGAGGCCCGGAGGAAGGCCACCCCUGUAGUGGGAGACAUGAGGCCCCUGGCGGACGCCCUACCGGAGCUCUCCCAGCUCAUCUCCCCUGCGUCCACAGCCCCCAGUACUUGCCGCAAAAGCAGGAAAAGCAAAGUGCCGGUGAAGAGGCCAGAGCCAACAGAUUUCAGUCAGAUGAAACAGUCACAGAAACGCAAACUCCUGGAAACUGAGAUCAGCAGCUUCAGCAGCGCAGUGAAGACACUCUCGGCCAAAACCAGCCCUCUGGCUGAUAUUGGCGAGCUUCUGAGGAAAAGGAUGAGACAGGAGGAAGAGCAAGGCUCCAUCUAACAAGAUCAGAAAGCUGGACUGUGGGAGACUGAAGUGCAUCCAGUGACAUAAACAGUGAUAUGGUCAGGGAACAACAGGGACACGUACUCUGAUACUCACAGCCUGGACCUGUGGCUAAAGGAUGUUAAAAACAGCAUGUGUGUAAAUGAUGUUUGCAACAGGUAUCCCUCACUUCGGCUGUCCCCAGCUCCUCAGUGAUAAUAAAUCACAACAUUCAAAUCCACUUUUCAGGUCUGUUUUCAGGUGCUAUUAUUAAAUAAACUGCUUUGUUUUUCUCGUCACCCAUAUGUAACAUCCCUGGGUGCAAGUGUGUAAUUUGCACCCCAAUAAUCUGAUCCAAUCGCUAUA